UAUCUCAUUCUUGCAACUUAUUCAUUCCUUCAUUAUUAUCUUGUAUCUUAAGCUUUACAUACAUACAAAAAUGGCGCGAAUUUCUUGGAAGUUUGGUUUGUUGAUGAUGAUGAUUGUCCUUGUAGGAAGUUGUUCGGGUCAACUCUCAAAUGAGAACUUCUAUUCAAAGAAGUGUCCGAAUGUGUUUAAAGCAAUAAGAUCUGUUCUUCGAUCUGCUGUUGCUAAGGAACCUCGCAUGGCUGCUUCUCUUCUUCGUCUUCACUUUCAUGAUUGCUUUGUCAAUGGUUGUGAUGGAUCUGUGCUACUUGAUGACACAUCCUCUUUCAAAGGAGAGAAGACUGCAGGUCCAAACAAUAAUUCAUUGAGAGGCUAUGAUGUUGUUGAUGCCAUAAAGGCCAAGGUGGAAUCAGUGUGCCCUGGUGUGGUUUCUUGUGCUGAUAUUCUAGCCAUUACAGCUCGAGAUUCUGUUGUUCUUCUUGGAGGGCCUAAUUGGAAUGUAAAACUAGGAAGAAGGGAUUCAAAGACAGCAAGCUUGGCAGCUGCAAACAGUGGUGUGCUCCCACCUCCAACUGCUACCCUCAGCCAACUUAUCUCCAAGUUUCAAGCUGUAGGCCUCUCUACCAAGGACAUGGCUGCCUUAUCUGGAGCACACACAAUUGGGAAGGCAAGGUGCACUGUCUAUAGAACUCGCAUAUACAAUGACACCAACAUUGACAGAACAUUCGCCAAUGCAAGAAAGAAGAAUUGUCCAAUAAUUACUGGAACACCAAAGGACAACAAUGUUGCACCCUUCGACUUUAAAACCCCGAACCAUUUUGACAACAGCUACUACAAAAAUCUCUUGAACAAAAAGGGUCUCCUUCAUUCUGACCAAGAACUCUUCAAUGGAGGAUCCACUGAUUCAUUGGUUAGGACUUACACAAACAAUCAGAAGGCCUUCUUCGCCGACUUCGCGACCGCAAUGAUUAAGAUGGGGAACAUCAAGCCCUUAACUGGUUCACAAGGGAUCAUCAGAAGGAACUGUAGGAGAGCAAAUUAGAAAAAAAAAAACAAAAAAUCAGAUAAAGAUAAGUUAAGGCCUGUUUGGCUCUUGAUUUUCUGAAUUUUUGGAAGAAUAAAAGCGAAAGCGACGAAAACAAAUAACAUCUUGUUUUCUGUUUUCAUUUUUUCCUUUACAAAAUACGGAAAACAACUGAAAAUGAGAACAAAAGUCAAAUAGGCCCUUACUUUUUUAUUUUUUUUUAUUUUUCUUUUGAGUACAUAUACCCCCAAAAGUGGGGGAGGUGAUUUAAACUGUUUAGUUGUUUUCUCUUGCUUUGGAAAUUUGUUUGUUGUAAUCAAAAUAUUGUAAGGAAUAAAUUACAAAGAGUGUUUUGAUAA